GUCACCUCGGUUUCCACCCCAGUUGUUAUCCCAUUGGUUGACUGUUGUUCCCUCCUUCCCUUUGUUACCUCCCCCAUAUAAAAGGCCAUGCACACAGUGCUCGGGCCUUUUGGGGCUUAUCUCCCUUCGAGCUACAGUUGUCUCCUAAGACUGCUAAUUAACUCGUAAUGCAGAUACCCCCCAGAAGGACGGCUCCUUUGCUUUUGUCAACGUCGCUCCGCGUCUCUCCCAGUCUGGUGGGUUCGUUCCCACAGGCCAUAGCUCCUGCCCGCAGUGGCACGCAAGAGUGACCUUUGCUGCCCCCAGUGCCAAGGACACUGGGCUAGCUGACACUUGGGGAGGCACCGCGACAGCUUGGUGCCCAACAUGGGGCCUGAGAACACCUCCAGACCCCACGGACUAGACCAGCAGAGUCGUCGUUUUGGAUUUCUAAUCCUGACACCGUCUUGCACGAGGUCUCUGGAUGUUGAGCUACCCCCAGUGGAAGCAGACCUAGUUUUAUAGGUGGCGCUCCUGGGGGACGGGAGAGGCAGCUUCUUCGGUUCCCGCCAGAAGUCUCUCCCAGACAAAAGCCCUACCUCGGAGUUUUUGUUGGUCCCCUGGAUCUGGGUAAGUAGGAAAAUUCCUAUAUCUUCUCUUCAUUCCCCUCCUUUCUUUUCUGGAUUUGGAACAGGGGGAAUUAUUCCUCUUUUGUUCUGUGGGUGGGGGGAAAAAUUUGGGUGUCCAGUUGGGAUCUGUUUUUCUUUCUGCUUUUUUUCUCUCUGAAGUGGGAAUUAAACUGCUCAGCAGCAUUUUACAACCAUGGGUGCUAAGCUCUCUACUGAGUAGAAGGGGAUCUAUCUCCAGGUUGUGGGUAUCCUUGUUGGGGGUGGGGAGGGGGGUUCAGUUUAAAAGGGACAAGUUAAGGCUCUCAUUAAAUGGCUCUUCCUCCAUUUUCCCGAGGUUACUACCCCUGAAAAAGUAACAGAUGUGCAAUUUUGGGAUUUGGUCGGUCAAAAGUUAACAGUGCUUAGUAAAACAGGGAGUUGUUCAAUUUCAAAAAUGACAUUUUGGGCCUUGCCAAUUAGAACAUUCUAAAAUCUAAACAAUGGGUGGAGGAAGAGUCAUUUUUGAACAGAUUGUCCCCAGUUCUUCCAUCCCCUAGCCCUCUUCCCUCCCCUCUCAGCUCUAGACCUGGGAUUCUGCAGGGAGCAAACCGCAAUAUUGCAUGGGGUUGCUACCGUCUCCCCGGCUCUCCACAGAACCCCAGAUCCCCACUCCUGGGGAGUCGUGGCCAGAUCCUCAGGACCUUUCCAGUCCCUGACUCUCCCAGAAAUGUACAGCCCCAUCCCGAAGACCCACUGUUCAGUUUAAUAGUCUCGACUCAUCUGAGUCCCAAAAUGGCCCCUGGAGAGAAAAAGAUGGCAGAUGCCACGGGGGUUUUCCCGCCACUUGUUUUUCUCCUUCCCAGAAUCCUUUUCUUUCCUCUUCCAACCCAUUUCUGUCCUCCAACACCUCCUCAGGUUUUAACUCCUCCCUUUCCUUUGCCCUUCCUCCUCCUUUCAAUCCCUCCCCUAGUUACGCCCCUAAUUCCCACACCCUUUCCACUGGUCCCACCCACCUCCCUGGCCCCUUCCAACCAGGAGCCAAUUUCCGGUUCCCACGGUCCUCCUUCCGGUUCCCACGAUAGUGGAAUUGGGGGGGGGGAGGGGAGGGGCCUGGGAGUGGAGGUGGCUCAACAAUGACAACUAUUCCUUCAGAUGUUCAGGGUAACCCCACACCGACAUUAUUGGCUGCACUGGUCACAUACGUCCCUCACGCUGAGGGUGGCACUCACGCCCAGUGGACCCUGCUGCCCUUCCAGGUCACCAAAGAAUUAUGUGGGGCACAGUGGGAGUUCACCUGGGAGAGCGAGUGCUUCCGGGGGAUGCUUAUGGGCACAUUAUCCACUGACCUCACUCCUGCAAAUCUCCGUCAGCUCUACUCCUGCCUGCUGACUCCUACGGAGUUUUUGUGGUGGGAGACAGAGUGGCAGAAGGAGGUCUGGGACUUCUUGUUCCAGCUUUGGGAAAACCCGGUCACCGCCAGUGACGCAGGGGGGAGGAUGCUCUUCAUCGACCACCUCUGCGGUCAAGCAGAGUGGGCCAAUGGAGCAUGCCAGGCUGCUGAGAUCCUCCAGGGGGCGCUGCGGGAAACAGUGAAGGCGGCCGAAAACUCAUUUUUCAAUCUGAAACCAAACGGACAGGUCCAAAAUUAUCUGAAAAUUGUGCAGGCCCCAAAUGAACCUAUUUUAGACUAUGUUGAGAGACUUUGCAGGUCGGUGGAGCUCCAAAUUAAAGACGAGAAGGCAAGACAAGAGGUGCUGAAGGAGACUGCAGCAGUCAACGCUAAUUUGCCAUGUAAGGCAGCAAUUCUGAGCCUUCCGAUGGAGCCCAAGCCGACCAUUCAGGAUAUGUUAGAAGUCUGUGAGAAAAAGGUAGACCUUGCGACUUCAGAAGAACCAUCCACGGGGGGGCCUGCACCAAGGACUGGACCAAUGAGACGAGCCUACGCCGCCAACACCAGGAUGCCACCACCUCAUCCUCAUCCUGCACUGCUGCCACGCAGCCAGCGACCAGUAGACCGAUGUUUUUUGUGUGGGACCCCAGGGUACUGGUGGGGGAACUGCCUACUCAAGAACGAAUUCCAUAAAUUUAAAAGGGAGCAGGGCAUGGCCCAGGGACCCUCAAAAAAGUGAUUGAUGAGUGCAGCCCCUCCCUGCAUUCAGAUAUAAAUUCAGUGGGCCACGGAACAUCCCAGGGAAGGGGGGUUGAGCAGACACCUACAUUGGACGGGACAAAUACUGAAUUUGACGUUUUUCCAUCUAAUAUGAACAGGAACACCGCAGACCCAUCUUGACCUCCCUGUCAAAUUUCUCCCUUUUCAGGCUCCAGCUGACAGAACCACUCCAUCUCAGGGACACAGAUGAUCACCUUAUUUCCGUCACCCUAGAGGGUUCAGGUACCUGGAGUCAGCUGCGAUGUAAGCACAUUGUUGUUGGGGAAACCAAAUUCACACCCCAGGAGAUCAUGUUCGCCCGUCGGUGUUUCUCCAUAAGGGUCAAAUAGUUGCCCAAGCCAUUCCGGUUCCUGAACCACCUUGGGACUGGGAGCAGGUGGCUGAUCUUCGCCAAAAGCUUAUACCAUCUAUUUACUGGGCACAGGCCCUUGGGGGGAGCAAGCCCAAAAAGAUUUGUGGCCUCCAUCUUCGCAGGGAAUGGAGAACAAUGCAGGAUCUCCUGGACAUGGGGGCAGAUGUGAUGAUCAUUCCCACUCAGGAGUUGCCGUCACACUGGGAGCUGCAAAACGUGGCUGGUCGCGUACAAGGGUUCGAGCUCCAGAUGGAAAAGAUUCAAAGGAUGCCACCUUGGAAGUACCUGGGGCUGCAGAUGACAUCGAGGACCAUUGUUCCUCAAAAAUUGGAGAUUCGAAAUUCAGUCCAGACCCUAGCAGAUCUCCAGCAACUGUGUGGGUCUUUAAACUGGGUAAGACUGUGACUAGGAAUCUCCACCAAAGACCUAGCCCCCCUUUUCAAUUUAUUGGAAGGGGGAGAGCGGCCUAGUUCCCCACGGACACCCCAGAGGCAGAGAAGGCGUUAGAAAAGGUACAAAAGUACAUGUCUGCCAGGCAGGCCCAUCGCUACCAACCAGGCCUGCCCUUCAGAUUCAUCAUUAUGGGGAAAUUGCCACAACUCCAUGGGGUGAUCUUCCAAUGGCAUGAGAAGAUCAAGGGUGAGGACCAGGGCGAGAGGGACCCUCUCUUAAUCACAGAGUGGGUCUUCCUCAGCCAUCAUCAGUCCAAAAGGAUGACAUCGCCACAGGAGCUGAUGGCUGACCUGAUUUGGAAGGCACGACUGCGCAUCAGGGAGUAGGCAGGGUGUGACUUCGACAUGAUUCACGUAACCCUGCAAUUGACCAUGGGCCAAAUUACAAAAGCACUGUUGGAACACCUGCUCCAAGAAAACGAGUCCCUGCAGUUUGCAUUGGACAGUUACACCGGACAAAUUUCAAUUCAUCAGCUGGCCCACAAAAUUUUUAAUUUGGACAUCCAAUUUUCAUUAUCAUUAAAAAGGGUCCAAAGCAGGACACCGCGACAAGUGAGCUCAAGAAGGGCUGGAGACUUCAUUAAGGGUGAUGAUGCCACCACCUUUGUAAGGGAUAUGUUUGACAGUGACUUGAUUCCCUGCAAGGCUCAUUAUUACUUCUUUAUUGUAGUCUGGAAGACUUUGACAGGAAUGAAUUAUUAUUAUUAAAAAAAUAGAUUAAGACAUGAGAUUUUCAAUCAAAUGUAAAAUUAACUGCAAAACUUCAAAUUCCCUUAUAAUAGUUUUUUUUUUUGUAAACUAUCUUCCUUAAAUACAACAAAUGUAUGGUUAGUCUUUCUCACACACUAGAAGUCAUAUUGCUUCUAAGGAAACAAAUACUAUUAAAAUAACAGACUAUGAAAGCCCCCCCAUACAUUUUCCAAUUAAUAAAAAUAAAUAUUCUCAUUUACAAGUAAAAGGAAAAGUUAUUUCAUUAAUGAGUGUGAAAAUCAGAUGGAUUUUCACUGAUGGUUUUCAUUAUUUUAAUCUAAGAUAUAUAUUUCUGGCUGUACAGUAACUGCUUAAUGAUUAUAUGAAAUAGGUUUCCUAUUACUAAAUUUUUGUAUGGGUUGAGGAUGGUUUUGCAGUUAAAGCAGAGGCUGGGGAGUCAUCCCUGAGUGCUCUGUGAAACCUUAAAACUCUAGAAUGUUUUAGAUUCCACCUGCUAACUCAGGAUUGCCAUGCCCACAACUAAACCUUGUCCUUAAGCACCUCAUCCAAACAUCUUUCAAAUUCCUUCAGGGAUGGUGCCUCAAGUGCCUCUCUGGGCAGCCUGUUCCAGUGCUUGACAGCCCUUUGGGAGAAGGAUUUUUUCUUCAUAUGUAAUAAUCUAAACUUUGCCUGUUCAACUUGAGUGUUCUGCUCCUCAUUCAUGGAGCACUAACUCCACAACUACAUAUAGGUACCACCUCAGACCCAGAGGUACCAGUGGGGGUACAGGUGGCAAAGCCAAACCAGGGGUCAAAGGCACCUGAUUUCUUUAUGCCUAAACCAGAGAUAAAAUUAUCAUGCUUGCCAUUUCUACAUCUUAAUUCUUUAGUACUUGCAAACUGUUCUGGGAUCCCUGACCUGAAGGUCUGUAUAGUUCUUUGAUUUCUGUACCAUCCCUGCACAGAUUAUCAUUGAAUUAAACAAACAAAAAAAUAAAGAACAAAACCUUUAUCCAUCACACAUCUCCACUAACUGCCCCCCUCCAACAUUUUAUUGAUUGACUGAAAUAUUUAGAAAGUAAUUAUAUUACUACCCUAACAGUUUUGGGUUUAGAGAGAUUAAAAUCCAGCAUUUUCCUCCUGAAUGCUUGAAAUAGGAAGGAUUGCUUCAAGGCUUUACAAUCAGUCUACUGUGAAUUAUUUUUAUAAUUAUUUCCACUCCAACUAUGUGCUGACGUUUACAUAUUAUGUUAUAGGUUUCAGCAUGUUCCCAGCUCUGACUGUGUUUUGCACUGUAGGCUAAAUUCUUGUGUUAUUACUGAUGUUAUUUUUCUAAUGUGUCUCUCUGAACUGUCCACAUGGAAAACAUUCUGGCCUGAUGAUAUGCUUUGUUGGGAUUACAGCUGGGUCAAUUAAUAAUGGUCAGUGAUCAGAAGCACCUCUCAGCUAGGUUACAUAGUUUAAUAUGACAGCAUAAUUCUUUUGUCUUCUUUGACAAGUCACCUGUCUCUACAAUGACACAGAUCAUAAUAUAAAAAAGUCUAGAGGAAAUAAAUACCUGUUUUUAUAAUGGUAUCAUUAAAUAUGCACACUUAAAUCCCAUGUAAAACUUCUCUAUUAUCUCACAUACCAGAACAACAUUAAAGUUUACUGAAGUCCCAGAUGUGAAAAAUAAAUGGAAUGAUGGAAUGGUUCCCUGCUAGCCUAUGAUCCUGGACUACAAAGUUUCUUGGAGACAAUUACUCAUUGGUACAGACAAGAGUCAUUCUAUAUAUACUACAUCUGAUCUGCUUUGUUUCUCUGACACUGGAAUAUUACCAUGUCCAUUUUCAAUAGAUUUUAGGUGAAGAUUCUCCAUUUUUAUCAAUGAUAGCACUA